AUGGUUCUUAAUGCGGAGGCACAGGUGAGGCAGCGUGAGGUGAGGCAGCGGGAGGGCCUCAGCGAGAUCAGUGUUGAUACACUUUCUCACAGACUGUAUUCAGCUCGUUGCUCAUGUCGUGUGGAUGUGGAGGAGGCUCCGGUCCUGCCUCGGAGCUUGGACCCUUAUCCCCUACACAGCCCCCACAGACACAGCACCCACAGCCACAGCACCCACAGCCACAGCACCCACAGACACAGCACCCUCAGCCACAGCACCCACAGCCACAGCACCCACACCCACAGCACCCACAGACACACCCACAGCACCUACAGUCACAGCACCCACAGCACCCACAGCCACAGCACCCACAGCACCUACAGUCACAGCACCCACAGACACAGCCACACCCACAGCACCCACAGACACAGCACCCACAGCCACAGCACCCACACCCACAGCACCCACAGACACAGAACCCACAGCCACAGCACCCACAGACACAGCACCCACAGCCACAGCACCCACAGACACAGCACCCACACUCACAGCAUCCACAGACAUAGCCACAGCACCCACACCCACAGCAUCCACAGUCACAGCACCCACAGACAGAGCACCCACAGGCAUAGCCACAGCACCCACACCCACAGCACCCACAGACACAGCACCCAAACUCUGACCCACAUCCCCCACAGUCUGACCCACACUCCGGCCCACACUGCCCCACACUCUGACCCAGCUGGACCAGUGGGGUAA